AUGGACACCUACUACGGCCACGUACGAACACCCGCAGAUGCGAUCAAGCUCUUCGAAGCUUGCCGUCUGGGUCUGCUACCCCGAGUACAACGCAGAUUAUCAGAGAAGGAGAGACAGUCUAUAAAGUCUGGAUCGGUGUUUGUCUGGGACGAGCGAGAAGCAGGCAUGAGGAGAUGGACAGAUGGGAAGUCAUGGAGCGCCAGCAGAGUCUCGGGAAGCUUUCUAACAUACCGCGAGAUGGAGGGCAAGAGAGGGGGAGGCAACUUCGUACCACCACCGGCGCGACGAAUAGGAGGAAAGACACCAGACAGUGGAAGAGGCAGUGACGAGGAUCAAGAUAUGGAUGGUGAUGGACCUGAUGGAUACAGAUACAAGCCAGAUGGAUUGAUGAAACAGUCUUUCAGCAUCACCACCUCGACUGGCCAACAUCUACAUCUGAUCAGCUAUUACUCCAGACCACACCCCGGCGCGCCAGAUCUCCCACAACCUACGACCGAUCCUCAGCUUCGACAUAUCGUACCAGUGAAGGGGAUGUACCCAGAAUCCACCGUACAUGAGGCACAAGGACCAGCAGUCACGCGAACACCUAUGCAACAGAGUCCAUACAUGCAAUCACCACAUCAACACAUGCAACAAUCGCCACAUCGAGGUCCCCCUCCUCCAUAUCCCUAUCAGACUCAAGGUUACGCCUGGCCACCAUCUCCCGUCUCAACCCCACCAUUUCCUCACUACCAACAGACGAUGUACACUUCAGCUCUUCCUCCACCUCCGGGAUCGGCCCACACCUCGCCAUACCAACAUCACCACAGUCCACAUCAACCAAAUGGUCUUCCUCCAACAUCCAUGGCUCCACACCAUCAACCAACGGCAUUCGAUAGACCUCCUCCACCUAUGUCCGACUCUUCACUCCCCCCUCCACCUCCUGCACUCCACUCCAGAGGAAUGAGUACUGCAACGGCGGCACAGCAAGGCUUGAUACCUGUCUACGCACCGAAUCCAAGCCCGCGUGUUGCUCAAGCGAGAUUGGUUGCGGAACAGCAAGCACAGAUUGCACAACGAGCACUCCAAAGUGCACCUGCCCUUGAUCCUCGCCUCACUACUACUUCUUCCCAGCCAUCGACAUUGCCACCUGUCCAACUGAAUGGCACAGCAAGAACUUCCACGCCACCUCAAAUGGGAUCUCAAUCACGAAGCAACACUCCAUCGCCUGGCCGAGCUCCUUCGCCCAAAGAUACUCCAAAGUCCAAUGGCACAUCACAAGCUCAGACGAUUCCCAGCAUCUCCAGCCUCGUUCACGCUACAGAUUCCGUCUCUGUCAUGUCUGAUAACAAGAGCAACAGCAGCCGUGCAGGAAGCAAGAGUCCAAGGGAGAAUGGUGGUGACAAUCAACGACCACGAGACAUCCCGCACGAGAAGCUUAACAUUGUUGGUGAGGAUCAGAGGGCCAUUCGUGUGCUUGAUAAGAAGUUCAUGAUCUGA